AUGUCUUCCUCGAAAUCGUCUACCUCAAAUUUUCCUUCAAGAUCUCUCCUAGAGCCCACCUCCACCUCGCCACCCACAUCAGCAUCGUCCAUGCCAAAUCCGCCCUCGCCCAAAGUGAAAGAGAGAAUCGCUCACGGCGAUUCGUCCCAGAACGAGGAGAAGAGAUGUAAACAUGAACCUUCAGCUCACGAUGAAAGUUUCGAAGACGCUGAGGUUGUCAAAGAUGAGAAAGCUGUCAAAACCCCAUCUAAUCCUAAGAACCAUCGCACUGAUGCAACGAAAAAGAUAGUAAAGGAACCAUUCCGUGAACGAGUGAAAAAGCCUCAAGGCGCAAGAAUAAACGUGAAACCUCUAUCAAAGGCAGAGAUCGAGAGAAGGAAGAAGAUUGCCGAACUCAUGAGAGCAAGGAAAGGAAGGUCGAAGAGCGACGAUUAG